UUCUGACAUGUACAUUUAUCAUAAUGGGAAACACUAACUCCAAAAGAAAUCCUCCCCCUCUACCAAACAACACAGAAAAGGGUACCAAUGUGAUUGCAGGCCAGAGAGACUUCAAGCAAAAACAUGAAUUGUGUGGCCUGUCUCUUGACAUAGAAGGGAUCUCUACAAAAGUUUCAGAAAUUCACAGCAGUGAUGAGGAUCCUGAGGAUGUGUUUUACAAGUUUGUGAUUCUGCAUGCUCAGAAUGAUGCAGCUGAAGCCAGCCGACUCCAGCAUCUGCUACAAAAUAAUUUUUGUAUUAAACCUGGAAUAAUCUUUGCUGAAAUGCCUAGUGGUAGACAUUUCUUACAAAACUUAAAUGAUGCUGUGAAUAGGUCAGCAUGGACUAUUAUUCUCUUGACAGAACAUUUCUUGAGUGAGGCUUGGUGUGAGUUCCAGUCUUAUGCCUCCCUGAUGAACGCUCUUAACAAACAGCAUAAAUAUAACUCUGUUAUACCACUGAGGCCACUGAAUAAUCCACUUCCAAGGGAGAAGACUCCUUGUGUCCUGCAAGCCAUUAAUGCACUGGAAGAAGAUAGUCCUGGCUUUGCUAAACAAGUGGAGAAGAUUUUCCAGGAGUCAAAAUACAGGCAACAGCAAGCAAUAUGGAAAAAAGAAAGAACAAAUGAGACACACUAGAGCUAUUGGAAUGAUGAAAGACAUGCAUAAAGACAGUUAAAUCGAUUAAUUAAAUUGAAGAAGGUAAAUCAGUUGUCCUACUCAUCUCAAGUAAGAGAGAGAAACCUUCUUUUGAGAAACUAACCCACAGAAAAGAUGGUGGUAAGAGUUUCCCAUAAAGGCAUUAUUGUUAUUACUUAACAUCUGUAUGUUUUCACCAGUAUUAUCAAGAUGUGGCGAAUCAUCACCUUGACCUCUUUAUUUAUUAUAUGCCACUUUCCCCUACUCAUUUCGGUUUGUCUGGCUUCUCUUUAUGUUCUGCUCUACAGUGCAGAUACCGUGUCUUCCUUAAAGUUUGUACAGCUCCUCACAUGUUGUAACUGCUACUGGAAACAAAUAAUAAAUAGGGUAGUACUAAUAGUGGCUGCUACUCCAACAGAAGCUAUACAGGAUAACAUCCUGUAAGGAAGACUAUUAUAUUAAUAACAAUCUUUAUAUCAGAAAUAUAAAUAUGUUAGAAAUACUUACCAGUGUUACAAAACCAAGGAAAUACAUUCAGUACCCUACAAAAUAUAUGCUGCUAUUUUAGGAAAUAAGACUCUCAAAAUAUUUGUGCUUUACUUUUGUCAUGUUUGCAAUUGUUAAAAAGCAUAUAUUUUCUAAUGAUGCAUCUUGACCAAAUGGGUAGGUGCAUUUUAAAAAUUAAAAUAAACACACUCAAUUUCUUUUGA